ACCAUCGUCACUCGACGCGAAAUACCACAGUGAACGAUGGAGGAAAUUCUACUCGACAGAAAUUUCUCAUGCUCGGAAAGUGCGCUGUUGGAAAUGUUACAAUGUACGUGUUGGUCAUCGUCCUGGUGGCAGUGGCCGCGCGAGCGAGUUACGCGACGAACGACGAGAAAGCAGCGGAGGAUGGCGCGUCGUCGCAGGCCUCGCCUGCAGCCGUAGAUUCUCCGGAGAAGAAGACGGAGAAACGUGGGUUGCACGGCAGUUACGGCGACUUAGGCGGUGGCGGAGGUGGUGACCUGGGCGGAGGCGGCUACGACCAUCACGAGCACGUGAAGGCGGUGACGGUGGUGAAGAAGGUGCCGGUGCCGUACGAGGUGACCAAGCACGUGCCUUAUCUGGUGGAGAAGCACGUCCCGUACGAGGUGAAGGUCGGCGUUCCCCAGCCGUACACCGUGGAGAAGCACGUACCUUACCCGGUGAAGGUGUUCGUGAAGGUGCCGGUGCACGUGCCGCAGCCGUACACCGUGGAAAAGAAGAUCCCUUACGAAGUCAAAGUACCGGUGGACAAGCCGUACGAGGUAAAGGUGUUGGUGCCGCAGCCGUACACCGUGGAGAAGCACAUACCGGUGCCGGUUAAGGUGCCUGUACCGCAGCCUUACACCGUCGAGAAGCACGUGCCGUACCCAGUGAAGGUCAAAGUUCCGGUGCCGCAACCGUACCCAGUCGAGAAGCCGGUACCGUACGAGGUUAAGGUACCAGUGGACAAACCGUACCCGGUCACUGUGCCCAAACCGUACCCGGUCACCGUCGAGAAACCGUAUCCAGUGUCGAUCGACAAGCUGGUGCCCUACGAGGUCAAGGUACCAGUGGACAAGCCGUACCCCGUGCCAGUAGAGAAACCGUAUCCCGUCCCUGUCAAGGUACCGGUCCCUCAACCGUACCCUGUCGAGAAACCGGUACCAGUCCCCGUCCCAAAGCCUGUCCCCUAUCCUGUCAAGGUACCCGUAGACAAACCGUACAUCGUCGAGAAGGAAGUACCUGUGCCGGUGGAGAAAGAGGUGCCGGUACCAGUGAAGGUGCCUGUCGCCGUACCGAUUCACGAAAGUCACGGUGGGGGCGGUGGAGGCUACGAAGAUUAUUCUGGCUACGGCGGAGAUGGCGGCAUAUCGUACUCUCAUCAUCACGUUAAAACAGUCACGAAUGAGGCGACCGGUUAUAGCGUCUUGAGAAAUCGCCGGAUACGAAGAGAUCAAGAGGACAAGAGGGGGGAAAUAGACGAAACGCUCGAUGUUCAGAGGCCACUUCCGGGCGUACUUUCGAUCCCGAGUAAAUCUUAAUCGUUUCGCGAUGCAAUUAAAGAGGCUCAUAUAUAUAUAUAUAUACAUGUAUGUUUAAGAAAGCUUACUUUCUCCGUGGCUGCUGCACACGGAUAUAUUCCUCUGGUUUCGAUCCACGCGUACGUAUCUAGAAACGUAGCUAUGUUUUCUUCGAAUCUGACACCAACUGUGAUUUCCAUGAAGAACGUGGAGUUCUCUUUUUUUAUUCUCAGUAUUCAUCAAUAUUGAAAUAUAAUAAUUCUUUAGUCAACUGUAAUGAAUUAGAAGAU